CUGCAGACAGACAUCUCUGAGUGUUGGUGUGUUUGUUGAGAAGUUACCAUGUUCUUGCGCAGGGUUGCCUUGGCUGGUGGAGCAGCACUUUUUGCUGCAACAGUUUUGAAGCACAAUGGGGAAGCCUCAAGCGUAAGUGCUGUGUCAUGGCCACCAGCCUUCACCAGGAGCUGGGACCACAACUGGGACCGACGUGAACCAAUGUCUCUGAUCAAUCUAAAUGGCCUGAAUGGAAAUGAGGUUGACUUGCAAAACAAACUAAAAAAAUAUAAAGCAAAGGCCAGACGUCAUAUUUUCCUUGUUCGCCAUGGACAGUACAAUGUGAAUGGUGAAACAGACUCUGAAAAAGUCCUAACGCAACUUGGUCGUGAGCAGGCUAAUUUAACUGGUCAGCGCCUUGCUAAUUUGGGUUUCACGUACAAUGGGCUGACCUACUCUACAAUGCAAAGGGCCAAAGAGACAUCAGAAAUAAUUGGCCAGCAUCUGGAUGGUGUGACACAUAUUGGUUCUGACUUGCUAAGAGAAGGGUCUCCCAUUAGACCAGAUCCACCAAGCAAGCACUGGAAACCAGAUGCUGUGUAUUUUCAUGAUGGACCACGUAUAGAAUCUGCUUUUAGAAGCUUUAUUCACCGUGCUGACUAUGAACAGAAGGAUGAAAGCUAUGAGAUCAUAGUCUGCCAUGAUAAUGUUAUCCGCUAUAUUGUAUGCAGGGCUCUUCAGGUGCCUCCUGAAGCUUGGCUACGCAUGGACCUAAAUCAUGGCAGCAUCACUGAACUUGUGAUUCACCACAAUGGUCGUGUAACUCUAAGAAUGCUUGGCGAUGCCGGCUAUAUGCCUGCUUCAAAACUCAGCUGCUAAACUAUGACAGAUUUAUGCAGACCCAAUUGGCAUUCAGGAUCAAUACAACUGCAUCCCUACUAUAGGAAAUGCUUUAUGCAAGAUACUGUAACAUAUAUGGUGAUGGAAUUAAAAGCCUUUUUGCUUUCAGAAGGCACUGUGGGAGUUUACUACAAUAUUCAAAAGUGUGGUGACUGCUAAUUUAAAGCAACGAUUCCUAAACACUUGAUGAAGUCUGCAGAAAGUGUGAUGUAGCUGUAUUUUAUGUAUGAAGUGGAUAAUUUACUCAGUUCUUUACACUCUGGACUUGUGUACCAAUUUAAUGUCUCUUGUUUCACUUUUUCUAUGUUGUAUUAAGCUGUACCUGGUGAGAGCUAUAUUUGUAUGUACCAAAUUUAAUAAAUGCAGACCAAAACUAUUAA